AUGAUCGAAUUCUCAGCCGGCAUAGUGUCAUUGUACUACGUUUAUGGCGCAGCCGAACCAGAACAUCGUUGUCGUCUUCCAUCACAAAUCUGGCCAAAUGAUAAUCAAUUUAAUCCAAUCAAUGCUCAACAUGAAGCUUGUCUUCGUCAAUAUAUUCCCAUGGAGAAUGGUAGAUGGGAUCAAUGUCAUAUAUUCAAUUUGACAAUUUCUAAUAAAAGCCUUAUCGACUGUCCAAAUGGAUGGGUAUUUGAUCGAAGUGUUUUUUUGGGUUUGACAUUUACAGAAGAAGCCAGUCUCGUAUGUCAUGCAAAAGCGAAAAAGAGUUGGCUUUCUACUCUCAUGCAAAUGGCUGGAUUCGCACUUUUAAUAAUCGGCGUACUAGCUGAUAGAUUCGGACGCAAAGCGAUCAUUACCACCGUUAGUCUGCUUCUCUUGACUAUUUGUCUAUCGAUGCAAAUUGUUAUGCAAUGGAUUCCCAUAUCGAUUAACUUGAAAUUUGGUUUGUUAUUAACGAAUCAAUUUGCAUUCGGUUUGAUUUUUUCCACAGUCAAUGUUGCUUUUGUAUUGAUGCUCGAAUUGACAACUUCAACAUAUCGUAGCAUAGCGGGUAGUAUAGCUUCAUGUUGUUUCGCUUUCGGCGGUGUACUAAUCACAUUAUUUGCUUACUUGACUCGUCAUUGGCAAACACUGUUAUGGACAGUAACAGCUUUCAUUGGAUUAUCAUUUCCAUAUCUUUAUUAUAUCCCAGAAUCACCUCUUCAUCUUUAUUCCACAAAACAGUACUCGAAACUUGAAACACUUUUACGACGAAUAGCGAAGACUAAUGGUCGAACUGACUCUGAAUGCCGUCUAGGUGCUAUAAUAGCACCUGUCAUUGAUUCAUCUGUUGUUGAACAAUAUCUAUCCCUUACAUUCUAUGUCUAUGGAUCUGUCGCACUUGCUGUACUUUUAUUAAUAUUACUCUUACCCGAAACUAAGAAUGUGUCACUUGGUGAUACUGACGAUAAUACAAACAAUAAAGAUGGAACACAAAUUAUAGUUUCUCCUCCAGUUAACAUUGGUGAUAUUGAAAUAUAA